UCCGCACCCCGCGCCCGUUCCUUGCGCCCCAGGUUUUUUUCCACCUGGGGUGAUUUGGUGUGUGAGGUUGGGUUUCGUCAAUUUCCGUCCGACCUUUUUUCUUGAUUGAUAAUAACAUCAGGGUUAUCAUCAGUACAUGGGGUGUCCGUUAGCUAUUAUUGUUGUAGAUGGUUGGAAAUGAAGGAUGAAAAGGUUCCUCUGAAGACGAUAUUGCAAAACUUUAUUAAUCAUGUUGAAGAUCUGGAAAUGCGCUUAAAAGAGAAUGAAGAUCUUUAUGAAAGUGAAUUUCAGGAGCUGAAGAAUAUCAGUGAUGCUUUGAAGACCCAAGAAUACUAUGCCUGCGCAGAGGGAGAGAAGCCCGUCAACAGGCGGAAAAAUCGCUACAAGGACAUCCUGCCUUUCGAUGUCACGCGGGUGGUGCUCAGCGAGUUCCCGGGCGUGGCCGGGUCCGACUACAUCAACGCCAACUACAUCCGCGGCGCCUCCGGCUCGCCGGCCUACAUCGCGUCACAGGGCCCGCUGCCGCACACGGUGGCCGAUUUUUGGAGGAUGGCUGUCGAGUGCGAGGUGCAGGUGAUCGUGAUGGCCUGCAACCAGACCGAGUCUGGCAAGCACAAGUGCGAGAACUACGUGCCGGAGUGUGAGGGCGAGCGGCAGGCGUUCGGAGACGUGACGGUGACGCUGAGCCAGAGCCGUCACGUCUGCCCCGACUUCACCGUCCGCAAGCUGAUGGUCCGCUACACCGGCACCAGCGGAACCACAGAGGAGCGCGCCGUCUGCCAGUUCCACUACUCGGCCUGGCCGGACCACGGCGUGCCCAGCUCGGUGGUGCCGCUGCUGCGCAUGAUCCGCAUGCUGCGCGACACGCAGGCCUCGGAGACGCUGCCCGUGCUGGUGCACUGCUCGGCCGGCUGCGGUCGCACCGGCACCGUCUGCGCCAUCGACUACGUCUGGGGACUGCUGAAAGCCGGCAAGCUGACGCCGGCCUUCAACCUGUUCGACCUGGUGGCCGAGAUGCGGCGCCAGCGGAUAGCCAUGGUGCAGACCAAGGACCAGUACAUGCUGGUGCACCGCGCCGUGCGUCAGCUGUUCCAAGACCAGCUGCGCAUGAUCGAGUCGCAUCCGUACGCCAACGUGGACAUCGCCGGCAAGCCGCUGAGCGGGGACCGGACGCGACCGGCCGCCAACGACGGCGACUACGAGGAGAUCUGCUUGGCGGAGGACCCAUCGCCGCCCGCGCAGAAGCGUCCGGCGCCGUCGCCCCCGCCUCAGAUCAAGCCGCCGCCGCGCAAGAACGCCCCUCGUAACCGCGCCGAUCCGACCGCCAACUACCCCAACUGCACGCCCGAGGCGCGCUUCAACCUGCGCCGCAUCGAGACCGACCUGCUGCGCAACCAGCGCAGCGGCAUCUGCGACGCCAGCGGCGACACGGCGAGGGCGACCUCGGUCGACGAGGGCCGCGUCAGGUCAGCGGACGAGGCUCGGCUCCGACCCUCGGACGACGGCCGCGCAAGGCCAGUGGACGAGGGGCGCGCCAAACCGGCGAACGAGGGCCGAGGUCGACCCGUGGACGAGGUCCGAGUCCGACCCGUGGACGAGGCCCGAGUCCGGCCCGUGGACGAGGCCCGAGCCCGGCCCGUGGACGAGGGCCGAUCCCGACCCGUGGACGAGGGCCGAUCCCGGCCCGUGGACGAGGCGAUGGCCAACUCGGUGUUCUACAGCCCGACGCCGAGCCCGCCUGGCCGCUCCACCAGCCUGAACGUGUCUGAGAACUCCGCGUUCAAGCCGUACCUGCCGGACAAGGCGACCAGCCCCAACUACGCCACCAUCUACCGGCCCGACACGGUGUUUCUGACUGACAUCGAGCUGGACGGUGGCGGCCGGGACUCGGACACCGAGUCACUGCCGCCGGCUGUUCCCGAGAAGACGCAGGCCGCCUACCAGAUCCCGACGCCGGUCUGCGAGCUGCGCGAGCCGACGGCACCCGCCCCGCCCGACGCCGUCCUGGGUUACGGCGGGCUGAGCCGGUCGCUCUCGCUGCGGCCGGGCGCCCGUCUGGAGGCCACCGAGCCGCGCCCCUUCAACCGAGCACUGGGCCGGCUGCAGGCCACCGCCUCUAGUCUGCGCUGGCGGCUCAGUGUGGAAAACGCCGCCACAAAAGACGAAUUCGUGUUGAAAAUAUAUACCCGGUAUGCAGAGCUGAACAUCCACAAGAUCCCGAUCGCGGCCAAGCGGCUGGUUGACUAUUCCCAGUGUUGA